AUGGUCGGAUGGAUCACCGAGAAACUGAAGACAGCUAAAGAUGAUUCAUACCUGGAUCCAACCAACAUCCGUGGUAAACUGCAAAAGCACAUGAAUUAUGAACAAGAACUGAAAGCGAAUAAGAAUCGACUCGAUGAAAUCAACGCAACUGGAGAUGCGUUGAUCAAGGAGAAUCACUAUGCAGCCGAUCACAUCAAGAAACGUCUCGCCGAAGUUGAUGGUAUGUGGGAUGAUCUUGUCGAUGCCACAGCUAAGAAAUUGGCUAAACUCAAAGAGGCUGGUGAUCAACAGCAGUUCAAU